GGGAGGUCUCCGGUGCGCGGCGGAGCGGUGCCAAUAGGCACAGCGCCCGAUCAGCGCGUAACGCAGGCGGCUGCGGGUCCACCAGCAGCGGAAACAACACCACUCGCAUCCAUCAUCAUCAGGAGGGAAGGAGUACAUCCACACACCAGCUCUCUCUCCUGUUUCUGAAGCGGUCCCCUUCUCCGCGCUAUGCCUUCUGCGGUCACCGAGACGGAGGAUUCGGCGCGCAGCUCACCGAUCACGCCGCUGAAGCUGGUCGGGCUGGUGUGCGUCUUCCUCGCGCUCUGCCUGGAUGUGGGUGCCGUGAUGAGCCCCGCGUGGGUGACUGCCGACGACCAGUACUACCUGUCCCUGUGGGAGUCCUGCUGGAAGCCUGCCAGCACCGACAACUGGCAGUGCAGCAGCACGCUGGUCUCAGACUGGCAGGUUGCUACGCUGGCCCUGUUGCUAGGGGGUGGAGCCCUGGUGCUGAUGUCAUUCCUGGUCGCUCUGGUUGCCGUGUGCAUCGGCACGAGACGACGAUUCUACGCACCCGUCGCUUCCAUGCUUUUCGCUGCAGUGGUCCUGCAGGCCUUCAGCUUGGUCCUCUACCCCAUCAAGUUCGUCCAGAGCAUCAACCUGAGAAUCUACCACGAGUUCAACUGGGGCUACGGCCUGGCCUGGGGGGGGACCAUCUUCUCCUUCGGCGGGGGAAUCCUCUACUGCCUGAACCCCAAGAACUACGAGGAGUAUUACUAGCUCCAAAUCAAGCUGAGAACAUAAGAUAUUCAAGGGGGAAAAUGACUCAUCUCCCAUGAACUGUAAAGAGUACUAUAAAACAUUUUUGAGCCGAUAACUGUAUUUCAAUUAACCCUGGGGGCAAUUGAAGGGGUUAAGCUGGUUGUCAAGGAUUUAUUUUCUUGCCUCGGUGAACAGAAGUGAGGCUGCAUAUUGGAACCAGCCCUAAUGUCACCAGAUGUAUCAUGGGGAGGGGUCAUACUACACCUGCAGUAACAAAGGAUAGCAACUAUCAGCCCCACUUAUUGAUUCUGUCGUAGAGGAAACAUGAGUGGCUUUUUCCGCACACAUGCACAUCCAACGGAACGUGUAUCUUCACCUGUCAUCAUCCAAUCCUCCAGGGGUUUUAACACCCCCCCCCNCCAGGGGUUUUAACCCCCCCCCCCCACCCCCUCCUGCCCCAUCAGUGCAUCAUUAGCUUAGCACUUUUUCUUCAUCUGGAGUAAACUUUCACAAGGACACGGAAGAGGAUCUACAGUUAUAACUUUUCAUACGACAGAUUGGUGGAUGAUAAAACAAAGACACCGGCUCAAUAUUCUGUCAUCGACCGUCGUCUGUAACCGAGGCAACCGACACGGAGCCAUCAUGAUUGAUUAGCCUCGGCCGGAGGUGUGAGAUGGGCCUGCGUAAAGCCGCCUCCAAGCGACUGCUGAAAGUUCGAUUCCCAAUGAGGCCUGUUUGUCCACACCGUGACUUUGGGAGCAUCCGUCCGCCUCGGUCCAGCUCCACUGCGUCCGCUACACCACCGGCAGAUCUCCCAGCAGGGGGGGCUUGAGUGCACAUCAAUAGUUUAAGAAAGUGGAAUAAUGUGAUUAUGCCUUGAGCUGAAGAGAAUUCACAAAAACACCUAAUUUCAUAAAUGUAAGUUGCCAGCUUAGAUAGAAAAUGUGGCCUUUAGCUGUUAGUCAAUAUGGUGGCAUUUGAGUUUAGAGCAAAAUCCAAAAUCACUUCCUUUUUAUUACCAACUGCAGUCUGAGCAAACUAUAUGAGUGUGUGGCUCUGAACUCAUUGUUAAAAACACACAUUAUAAUUGUAUUGGUUAUGCUUUCUGCUCCAACAAGCUGCAAUUGUGUGUUACUGUUGAGUCAAAAUGCACUAACCCAACUUAAAAUCACAUUCAUAGAAAACUGAUUACAUUGUUAAUGUAAUUGUUGGAAUGUAAAUAUGGAUGGAGAAGUAAACACUGUACUUCUAUACACAUUUUAUUUCCCAAAGAAGCAGGUGAUAACGCAUAUGUUUAGCUUUCACUGUGCAAAAACCUAUUUCCAUUUCCUGUGGAACCCGUGACCUCCAUUCUUCAUUCAUUCUGUCAUUUAAAAAGCGCACAGGGAGCCGAAUGCAAAAUAAGACUCCUCCAGGUGACAUUUCGGAGAUUCAAGCGGCUUUUGUCUGCGCUCUCCAUUGUGGCAUAUUCUGUCUAGAAACCAUGACCCAAAAAUAGGAUCCAGGCCGCCUCCCCCGCCAGUUUAACAAAUGAAGAGCUGUGCGGCUGUCCAUUUAUUCCAUAUAAAUGCCACAAUGAUGUCGGUUGUCCCUGAUGAGUUCUGCCUGUCACCACAACAGCAUUGCUUCUAAAAGCAGCUCAUUUGAGCAACAACUGAUUUGCCAAAAGGAUGUGUUGAAGCCCCUUACUCUCACUUUAAAAGCCUGUUCAGACUCCCAUAGACCUCAUGCUGUAAAUUCACUGUGUAUAUUCUAGUAUUAAACUGGUGGAUGUCAAAUGAAAGUAUGGGUCUUCUGGGAAGAAAAAACUCCUGCUUGUAAGUGGAUUUUUUUUUUUUAGCACUGAGUAAAACAGAAGCACUUAUUCCUUAAGCUAUAACAGCUUUUCAGCAUGAGACCAGUAUUUCAGCAGUUGAUCAGUAUUGAAUACUGAAUGAUCACAGAUUAGUGACGGUGUUUUUGCUACCUAGAAACGUCUCUGUGCUUUGGUGGAGUAGAGAAGCAUUCGGCAUUAACACUGUAACAGACCUGGGUUAAUAUAUACACUAACACUUUACAUUUACAAUAUCCACAUAUGUGACAGUAAUGGAAGGAAUUCGCAUUUUAAACGUUUAAAUUUCAAACUCACACUGGUUUAACGGAAGAGAAUUGGGGCCACGUGUUAAUUUGUUUUAGAUCGGAACAAAACAAACCAAAAAAUCACUAUUGUUCAGAUCUCAAUGAGAAUGUGGCCCUCUUCCAUGGGUAUAAAACUGAUAUUUGAUGCACUGAAACAGCUAUUGAUUUAGUCUGACGCUACAGCACUUUUAUUCUCACUUUAGACACAGUCAAAGGGAGUUGACCCAGACAGAGUUAAGAUGUACAGUUUUAUUUUGCCAGGUAGUUUAACAUUAUACAUCUGCUGUUAUUAAUACAUCUUUUAUCCAAGAUUCAAAGUGACAAUUCUACAGCACUUACAUAAAACAAAGAUACCCUAACUUCUCAAAGCUGCAUGUUUUGAGUCUCUGAUUCUAAAUGACAAAGCAAAUAUGUUCGCACCAGUUUCAAAAAUGACCUACAUGCUUUGAUUUAUAAUGAAGCACUUCCAUGUGGUUCAGGGUGAAAAUAAUAUCCAGGCUGGUAUGUUCAUGUGGAACAAACACAGAACUAGCCUUUAAUAUGUUCUACCCAUUAUUAGAUUGUAUGUUUUAGCCCAGGUCUGACUUGUAGUUAUUAGCAUUUGUUUGGUUAUUCAUUUACUGAUGAAAAGUACACGCUCAUCUCCCAGUAUAAUGGAGAAAAACACUGUCUAAUGAUGUGCAUAGGGAUUUAGGAAGUGUGUGUGAAUGACAGAAAGAGUGUGUGUGUGCAUGUGUGUUGGCAUGUUUUAGAUGCCAUUGUAGCGAUGUGAUGUCAGUAAUCAGCAUUUAUCUCUUUGUACGUUGGCACAUUAAAGCACUAACCAGAAUG